AUGGGAAUGAUGGUGGCUAUGGUCAUUUAUGUUGUGGGUAUCAUUAUUCAGAUUGCUUCACAGAGCGCCUGGUACCAAUACUUCAUUGGUAGACUCAUUUCUGGUCUUGCUGUGGGUACCAUUUCUGUUGUUUCUCCACUUUUCAUUUCUGAAGUUUCUCCAAAACAAAUUAGAGGUACUUUGGUCUGCUGUUUCCAGUUGUUUAUCACCAUGGGUAUUUUCUUGGGUUACUGUACCACCUACGGUACUAAGAAAUAUACAGACUCAAGACAAUGGAGAAUUCCUUUGGGUUUGUGUUUUGCCUGGGCCAUCUUUUUGGUUACAGGUAUGUUGAGCAUGCCAGAAUCUCCAAGAUACUUGAUUGAGAAAUCGAAAAUCGACGAAGCAAGACACUCAAUUGCCAUCUCCAACAAACUUUCUGAAGAAGACCCUGCUUUAUACACCGAGGUACAGCUCAUUCAAGCUGGUAUUGACAGAGAAGCCAUGGCUGGUAAGGCCUCUUGGAAAGAAUUGAUCACUGGUAAGCCAAAGAUCUUCAGAAGAGUCAUUAUGGGUAUUGUUCUUCAAUCCAUGCAGCAAUUGACUGGUAACAACUAUUUCUUUUACUACGGUACCACCAUUUUCCAAGCCGUAGGUAUGAAGGAUUCAUUCCAAACAUCGAUUGUGUUGGGUAUUGUCAACUUUGCAUCAACAUUUGUCGGUAUUUAUGCCAUUGAGAAAAUGGGAAGAAGGGCGUGUCUUUUGACUGGUUCCAUCGCCAUGUCUGCAUUGUUUAUCAUUUAUUCCCUCCUCGGUACCCAAAGCUUGUACAAACAUGGUACUUCUAACGAUACAUCCAACACCAGAAAACCAACUGGUAAUGCGAUGAUUUUUAUCACAUGUUUGAUUAUUUUCUUCUUCGCCUCGACCUGGGCUGGUGGUGUCUACUGUAUUGUUUCCGAGUCAUACCCAUUGAGAAUCAGAUCUAAGGCUAUGUCUGUUGCUACCGCUGCCAACUGGAUGUGGGGUUUCUUGAUUUCUUUCUUCACUCCAUUUAUCACAUCUGCUAUCCACUUUUACUUCGGUUUCGUGUUUUGCGGCUGUCUUAUUUUCUCCAUUUUCUACGUUUACUUCUUUGUUUACGAAACGAAAGGACUUUCUUUGGAGGAAGUGGAUGAGUUGUAUGCCUCUGACACAGUGCCUUGGAAAUCUUCUGGUUGGACUCCACCUUCGGUGGAACAUAUGACGCAAUCUGCCGGUUAUGCUGACCAGGGUAAGCCCACGGAAGAGCGUGUUUAA